AUGCAGGAAAUCCGACUAACAGCCAUUGCGAUGGCCUGUCUUGCGCUUUUCCCAAGCUAUACAACUGCUUUCUGGCGUCUUCCCUGCCGUGGAAGAUCUGGCGUCGCCCGCAUUGACCCCAUUGUGGAGCCGGGUGAGAUCUCAUCCCACGCUCAUGCAGUCCAUGGAGCUGGAGGCUUUGGCAUGAGCUCCAAUCAGGCAGAGCUCCGCAAUUCCGAGUGCACCUCUUGUGCAGUAAUUGAGGACAAGUCUGCUUACUGGGCUCCCGCUCUGUUCUUCAUGCACACCAACGGCAGUGCCGAGCUGGUUAAUGAAGUCGGAGGCAUGCUUGCCUACUAUCUUCUGUAUGGACAGAAUGUCACUGCUUUCCCAGAUGACUUCCGCAUGCUGGCAGGCGACCCCUUCCUGCGCGAUUUCACCUGGCCAGUUCCCGAUCCUCCCAAGUCCGAGUGGUCUGGCGAUCAAGCCUCGCAGGCUGCUUUGCGCCAGAAGGCCCUUGGUUUCAACUGUCUUAACUACCAGGCCACCCCUGAGGACUCCCUCCACCGCCACUUCAUGCCCAACAAGACUUUCCUCGAUGAGCAUUGCACCGAUGGAAUCCGUUUCGAAUUGAUGUUCCCAUCUUGCUGGAACGGCAAGGAUGUUGACUCUCACGACCACAAAUCCCAUGUCGCAUACCCAUCUCUUGUUAUGGAUGGUACUUGCCCCGAGGGUUUCGAAACCCGCCUGGUAUCGCUCUUCUACGAGACUAUUUGGGAUACCUACGCCUUCAAGAGCGUCGAUGGAUAUUUCGCGCUCGCCAACGGCGACCCCACUGGAUACGGAUAUCACGGCGAUUUCAUGCAGGCUUGGGAUGAGGGUGUGCUGCAGAAGGCCAUUGAAACCUGCACAAGCGAGACAGGUGUCGUUGACGAGUGCGAAGUCUUCACUGUUCAGACGGAAGAUGAACAGCGCCAAUGCGAGUUCCCCAUUCCAUUCGAGAUCAAACAUGAGAACUAUCAAAUGCACAUCGACGGAUUGCCUGGCGGCAUGCCCAUCGAAUGGGGUCCUGAGCGUGCCACGAUGAAAGUCAAAGCAACCACCACAACCAAUCUGAUUUCACUUCCCACAAUUUCCAUUGGUGAUAUUUCGAUUGAUCCCAACACUUUGCUUGACAACAUCCGCGCGCCUACUACUGCUUUCACUUCCACCUCGACUCCCUCGCCAACCCCGACCCCCGUCACAUCUACUAUUAUCGACCCUAUCACGGAAGAGAUCAUCUAUCUCGAGCGCGAGAUUGUCGUCCUCUGUGAUGGAACUGGCGAGGCGUACUCGACUGUCACUGGCGCCAUUCGGACUGUUUCCUCUACCAUAAACACCGUUAUGGAAACCUCUACUGCCGUUUCCUAUGUGAAGAAGGACACUGUCCCGGAACCUGUGGAACCGGUGCAGGCUGCUGGCCAUGCCCACAGACAUCUUCACCACCGCCACGGUCACAGUCACAACUAA